CUAUGUUGUUUCACACAUAGACCCAUCAUAGUGAGCGACUGUCCCUACACUGUCUUUGGCUAUUUGUGGCCCUCUGAACUCAACAUAACAGCCUGCAGCACACCAGUAGGUUACAAUGGUGUCCCGUUACUACUAUGGACGUUCAAUUGACGGGUAACGGAGGUCCAACACGUUAAAUCAUCUGGCGAUAUGGUUUUAUAGAAGCUGUCACCGUGGAAGUGUCGUGUCCCGGGACAGCUGUAGCCCUGAGGUGGACCCCAUGAUGGAGGUGGACAGACAGACAACUAGACAGAGAGAAGGGCGGGACUCACUCCCUUUCACGCUAAGAGAAACCACUCAGAAUUCCACCCCCUCUCCAGCUAAACUGACCUCCUCCAAGGCCCCCGCCAACGUCCAUUUCCCCCUGCCCUGCUGUGGGGGUCCCGGCGGUCCGGGAGCCCACCCUCGUCUCUCGGCCCUGUCCGCCAAAGUCUUCUGUGCUGUCCUGCACCCGCCACCACUACCAGCCCUGGCAGGCCCUGGGCCCGGCAGCCGACCCGCAUGCCAGAGUCCCCCGGCCCAGAGUCCCCCAGCCCAGAGUCCCCCAGCCCAGGGUCCCCCAGCCCAGGGUCCCCCAGCCCAGAGUCCCCCAGCCCAGAGUCCCCCAGCCCAGAGUCCAGACCAGGAUUCAGCCCAGGGUCCAGACCAGGGUCCAGACCAGGAUUCAGCCCAGGGUCCAGACCAGGAUUCAGCCCAGGGUCCCCCAGCCCAGGGUCCACCAGCCCAGGGUCCACCAGCCCAGGGUCCAGCCCAGAGUCCACCAGCCCAUGGUCCCCCAGUCCAGGAUUCAGCCCAGGGUCCCCCAGUCCAGGGUCCAGCCCAGAGUCCACCAGCCCAGAGUCCACCAGCCCAGGGUCCAGCCCAGGGUGCCAGCACCAGGUCUCUGGUUCAGCUGCACAGUGAGCUACAAAGCCUCCGGGGGGACCUGGAUCACAUGAAGAGCCAGCAUAACAAGGAGAUAAAACUGUUGAUGAAUGAACUAGACGAAGAGAAGAGGGUUCGCUUGACAUUACAGAUGGAGGUACAGCGCAUGAAGAAACAAAUGUCAAAAUUACUGGAUCGUAAAUAACCUCAGUUAGGUCUCCUGAACCAGAAAUACUUUGCAUCGAAGUAACUGGUUUGACGUUCUACCUGGUGGAGCCUUCGAUGCGCUGGAGGCGAAGUUGGAGAACCCGUAGUUUAUGCUUCGGGCCGAGAACGAUGGCAGAAGAGUACGUGACGGACAUCUUCUCCACCGUCUCCACGACUCCGUCAAACUGCGCCAACAGCUGAGUCUCUGUGUACUUCUCAAACUUCAACCGCUUGCUAAUAACCGGAAAAAUAUGCAUAAAAAUAAUUAGAUUUCAAUAUUACUGAAAAGGAACCAGGCAAAUUGAUAGUUUGAAAUGAGUUAAAUUAGAAAGUGUUUUAACGGUUUAGUAUUAAGUCAAGGGUUAUUGUGUAGGGUUUGGAUAAGAAAAAAGGUAAUGGUUAAGGUUAUGACAAAAAGUUGGGGGGUCAAGGUUAGCGCAAGUAGGUCAUCUUCGGGAUUACGAUGCCCAGGGUUAGGUUUAGUACAGAAAGGUUAGGUUUCGGGGUCCUAUGGUUAGGUUAUAUAAUGAAAGAUAAUGUUUAGUAAGACUAGGGUUAGCUUUUGUACAGAAAGUUUAUGAUUCAGGAGGCUUAGGGCUAUUGCAGAAAGGUAAUGUUUAGUAAGUCUAGGGUUAGGGCUAGAACCGAAGGUAAUGUUAAGUGAGUUUAGGGUUGGGCUUUGGCUAUGGCAGAAAGGUAUUGUUCACGAAGUCUAAGGUAAGGGCUAGGAGCAGAAAGGUAAUAUUUAGGGAAGCUAGGACAAGGGCUAGGGGCAGAAAGGUAAUGUUUAGUAAGUCUAGGGUUAGGGCUAAAACCGAAGGUAAUGUGUGUCUGGGGUUAGGGCUAGGGGCAGAAAAGUAAUUUCUCGGUUUAGGGUUAACAGAAUCAUAAUGUUAACGGCAGAACAAUCAUGUUUAAAACGUACUGGUCAAUGGUGGCUUUAGCUGACUGGUUUUUGCCAUAGAGUUUGAUGGUGAUGUAGCCCCACUGCACCUCCUGAUUCCACGUCAUGACGUCAAACCGGUAGUUGGUUUCUGAGGACGAGAACAUCGUCUUUAUGGUUCAAAUAAUUGUAUCAGCUUGUAAAUUUAACCACAAGCAGCAGUAACAGCAAUGAAAUGCUUGAAUUCAAUGCUACAUAAUAAUGGUUGCUGUUAGAUGUAUGUAGUUUGGUUCUACAGUUCAUCUUGCAUGAUCUUUACCGUGUCCAUUUUCAUGCGACGGAUGGCUUUCGCCAGGCUAAGAAGUACCGGUAUGUGCGUAAAACGUGAUCAAAUUAAUAAAUGAAGGGUGAAAAGUAUAAAUGAUAUAUGUAUCAAUAAAUUACAUAUUUGCAUUUGAA